AAUUUUCUUUCGCCUGUGCAAAAGGCUUGUCAGUAAAAUUCGAUGAGGACAAAUUGAAGUUCUGGGUGAACUUAAUUUGUUCCCCUUACGCGCUUUAAGAAAGAUGAAAGAACGGGAAAGUCGUCUUAAUUUUGUUUCCAUCAGCAAAUACACGGUGGCGGCCCAUGUCUCCCUACGCAGCAGCUUUCGUUCUGCGUCUACUCCUUUGCGCCCUAUGCUUUCUGCAACCAUGGGUCUCUGCUGAUCGAGAUUACUUCGAGGUGCUCCAGGAAUGCUCCUCGAGGCCAUUCAUCUGCGGAGACCUCAGCGUCAAUGUAUCUUACCCAUUCAGCGUCAGCCUUGAGGCCCCUGCUUACUGCGGCCACCCAGGUUUUUACCUCCAAUGCAAUAGCAGUGGCACCUUCCCUGUCAUCACAAUUUCCAUGGCCAACAACAGAACCUACGCUGUGCAGGCCAUCGACUACGACAAAAGCAUGCUCACCAUCGUCGACAAGUAUUUUCUUGAUACAUGGUAUCAGGAAUUGAAUGACUUUUAUGAAUAUUCUUGCAUGCCGUAUGGUGAUACUGUAAUAGAUCCUCUGCUCUUCGAGUUGACUGAUCUCGCUCAACGGGUCAUCCUCUUCCAAUGCUCUGAAGAAUUUUCAGGCUCCCUAACCAUGGUGGAUAAUUGCUUCUUAAACCAUACAACACGCAAUUACAUGUACAUCUCGAUAACAGAGAAUGCUACCCUGCCUCCGGAAGUGGGCACGUGCAGCGGACCUUAUCGGUUUCCUAUGAACAAGACGGCAGCCAAGGAGGUGAUGUCCAGGAACAUCAGCCUUUCGGAAGCGAUAUACACCGGAUUCACAGUGAGAUGGACGGCGGGGAUCCAUGAGUGGUGCAGAGCUUGCCAAGAUUCCGGUGGUGUUUGUGUACACGACUCCACCCAGAUUUGUUACUGCCCAGAUGGUUCGGUUACCUCCGAUUGGUGCCACCACGGCCGAGGCUUGCUCCAAGUCCUUGCCAUCAACUAUGGGAACAACUCCUUUCAAGCGGUGAACACACUGAUCAAUGAUUUCUGCCCAAUAUCUUCCUAUAACAACAUUUUGAAUCCCACCAAAUACUUUAGAGUUAGCAAGGCAAACAGAGAGCUCUUCUUCUUGAACAAUUGCAAGGUGCCACCAUCCAACUAUUCCAAAAGAAUACAUUGUUCUCCAGGCGACACAUUCGCAUAUCUUGGUGGACAUUACGGCAACUCCAGUCCUCCAGCAUCAUCAUCAUCAGGGUGCAACAUAGCCACUGCACCUGUUCUGAUCGAAGGAGAAGAGGAAGAAGACUAUAUUGGACUACUGAGUAAGGGAUUCCUGAUGGAGUGGCAAGAUGUGGCUGACUGCUCCGAGUGUAGAGUGAGUGGCGGGACAUGUGGAUACAGCGAUCCUAAUUCAGCUUUCUUGUGCAUCUGCAACAGUGGAUGGCAUUACUCUAGCACUUGCAAUGAUGGGCCAAGUGGUUCUGCUUCAAGAAAGAGGGCUUUACGGAAACAACAUAUAGCAUUAGGUUCAGUCACAGGUGUAGUCGGUCUCAUCUUAUUGAUCCUCAUGUUAGUCCUCUAUGCUCAAAAAGGAUUCGGAAAAACUACAAUUUUUUUGUACCAAUCAAAGAACACACAACACAUUGAAACCAUGCUUGCAGAAUAUGGUCCCCUUGCACCUAAAAGAUACAAAUGUUCAGAUUUGAAAAAGAUCACAAAAUCUCUCAGUGAAAAACUAGGGAAAGGAGGCUAUGGAAGUGUGUUCAAAGGUACACUCCAAGAUGGUCGUUUGGUGGCAGUAAAGAUACUGAGCAACUUCACAGAAAAUGGAGCAGAAUUUAUUAAUGAAGUCAUUAGUAUUGGCAGGACUUCUCAUGUCAACGUUGUUAGUCUACUUGGCUUUUGUUUUGAUGGUAAAAAACGAGCUCUAGUUUACGAAUUCUUGCCCAAUGGAUCUUUGGAAAAGUACAUUUAUUCUGAGAAGCCAAAAUUAACACUGGGAUGGGACAAACUAUACCACAUAGCAAUUGGUAUCGCCCGAGGAUUAGAGUAUCUUCAUCGCGGAUGCAGCAUGCGCAUUGUACAUUUUGAUAUAAAACCACACAACAUUUUACUAGACGAGGAGUUUUGCCCCAAAAUUUCAGAUUUUGGAUUAGCAAAGUUAUGCCCUCAAAAAGAAAGCAUACUUUCCAUGGCUGAUGCAAGAGGAACAAUAGGAUUCAUUGCACCAGAAGUAAUUUCAAGAAAUUUUGGAUCAGUUUCCACAAAAUCUGAUGUCUAUAGCUAUGGGAUGAUGAUCUUGGAAAUGGUUGGUGGAAGAAAAAAUGUGAAGACAUGUGCAGAAAGAAGCAGUGAAGUUUAUUUUCCGCACUGGGUUUAUGAGCAUCUUGAUCAAGAUAGAGACCUUCAAGCAUACGAUAUAACAGUCGAAACAGAAGAAAUUGCAAGGAAGAUGACAUUGGUCGGUUUGUGGUGCAUCCAAAUUAUGCCAGCAAACAGACCUUCCAUGACCAAGGUGAUUGAAAUGUUGGAAGGAAGAAUCGGUGACAUCGAAAUGCCACCAAAGCCUUCCUUUUCUUCUCCUAUUCACUCUGCCGUUGACUCUCCCCGAUAGCAUAAUGAUGCAUUGCAAUUGGCUUGACAUGCACAAUCCAUGCAAUCACAACCAGUCAAGCUUAAAAUUGUAUAAGAUAACAAUUCAUGGGCAAUUCUACCACUCAUCUACAUUUGGGGGUGUAUCAUUUAUUGUUUUAGCGCAAGCAUGUAAUUCAUGAGAUGAAAACAUUUAGUGCUGGA